CGUGACAAUUCUGCUAAGUAUAAAAAACUAAACACUAUUUAUGGGAAAAGUGACCAAGGUGUUUACCCCCAUAAAAUUGCUGUAAAAAUGCUGAAGGAAAUACUUGUGAUGUUUUUCAUCCCAUUCAUUGUUACUGGGACUGAAGAAGGAGCUUGUGAAUGUGCAGCCUUUCUGUCACAGGAUUCUGUGGAAGAAACACCACUUACAGUUCAUUCGACAAGAUUUAAAGCAAGCUGUGAUGCUACAGGAUCAUUAACUUGCAAAAACAUUUGUUUAUUUCUUACCUUGCAAGCAGGAAAUACUACAUCUACUGUCCUGUGCCAGUCUUUGAAGAGUGAUCCCAUUAGGGCAAACCUUGAAAGUGUGAAGCCAUCAUUAUUUUCUCGUCCGUGCGUGAAAAAUCCAUGGGAAUACACAGGAAUGACGAGUCCUACACCGGUCUGUUGCCAUGAAGGAAGAGUGGUUGAAUGUGUUAAUGUUUAAGGGAGCAAUCUGUAAACAAUUUCAUUGUAAAUAAGUGUUUCCUCGUAGUUUCUGUAAAUGUUAAUGUUAAAUGUAAACCACUAGAUUAUUAAACAAUGUAUGGAUUA